AUGCAAACUCCUAGUGCAUCUAUUUCCUCUUGGGAUGAGACCCAAUUCUUGAUUGACAUGCAGGGGCCUAUGAAUAUGACAUACACUGAAGCAUACGAGGAGGUGAUGCAGUGCUUUCUACCCACAGCGCAGACAGGCUUGACUCCCCAUUCACCAAUAUGCGAUUCUCCCGCCGAGUCAUUCACAACACAGCGAUUUGAUAUGCUAUCAGAAAGCUCAGCCGAUAUGUCAAAUCAGUCAUACUCAGCUUCAUCAAGUCGAUCACAAUCACCUGCAACUUCAAAACUAAAAUCUCUCGACCUCACAGCCGUGCGCAAGUUAUCCAAAAGACAGAAGAACCGAGAAGCGCAACGGGCAUAUAGAGAGAGAAAAGAAAAGUUACUCCAAACAUUAGUCGAAAAAGUCGAAAAACUGGAGGCUGCGUAUAGCGUGGUUAAAGACGAACGCGACCAGCUCCAGCGCAGACUUGACAACUUGACAAACCCUACCGGACUUGUCAAAGACAAUGUACUCAACUUUGACGACCAAUUUGGAAAUAUGUCAGAAUUCCAGUUCAACAAUUUUCUGUUCAGCAACUUACCACGGCAACACACCAUAUUGCCACUCUCAUGA